GUGAGUCAGUCAUUAUUUGUGUGUAAUGUAAUGGCGAUUUGUGAACAGUAGUUUCUUCGGAAUAAUAUUACAUGUAAUAACGAAAGUCAUAAAAUUAUACGUGGUACAUAAAUACCGAGAUUACCAAUAUGCGGUCUGUUGUAGAAAUAGGGGCAAGUGUCCCUGCCUUUUUAGGAAAAUUAUGGAAACUGGUUAACGAUACAGAAAACAAUCACUUAAUUUCCUGGAGCCCCGGAGGAAAAACAUUUGUAAUAAAGAACCAAGCUGACUUUGCUAGGGAAUUACUUCCUUUGUAUUACAAACACAACAAUAUGGCUAGUUUCAUCAGACAAUUGAAUAUGUAUGGAUUCCACAAAAUCACAUCUGUUGAAAAUGGUGGACUUCGUUAUGAAAAGGAUGAAAUUGAAUUCUCACAUCCCUGUUUCAUGAGGGGUCAUUCCUACUUACUAGAACACAUAAAGAGAAAAAUUGCCAAUCCAAAGACAAUAGUGACUAGUGGAGAGAGUGGUGAAAAAAUACUACUAAAACCUGAAUUAAUGAAUAAAGUAUUGACUGAUGUAAAACAAAUGAAAGGGAAACAAGAGAACUUGGACGCUAAGUUUAGUGCAAUGAAACAAGAGAAUGAAGCUCUAUGGAGGGAGGUGGCCAUUCUUAGGCAGAAGCACAUCAAACAGCAGCAGAUAGUAAAUAAUCUGAUACAAUUCCUGAUGUCCCUAGUUCAACCAGCAAGAACAAACAAUGCUAAUAGUAAUAAUGUUGGUGUGAAGCGACCUUACCAGUUGAUGAUAAACAGUGCGGCACACAAUUCUGCGGCAGACAGCUCCCACCCUGGACGGAUAAAGAACAUCAAGCUGGAUAAAGACACAUUACUAGAUGAUCUGAAUGAAGAGAAUUUGGAGGAUGGCCCCACAAUCCAUGAGCUGGCGCAUGAUGACAUUUUGCAUUCAGAGAUUGCUCAAGAUUCACUAGACCCUGCAAACUUUGUGACAAUAGAUGUGCCCUCAGAUGCCAAUGUCAACAAUGACUAUAGUCCUAACCCCUCAGGCUCUGUUCAAUAUGAAGUUACUAUGGAAGACGGAGAUGAUUUAGAUACAGAUGGUGUCAGAGUCACAUAUCCAAUAGCCAAAGCCAACAACCUAUUACGGCCUCUGGAUGUUCAACCAGUGGUGACAUCACCGUCUCCCACUAUGGUUAAUCCAACAUCACCAUUGGAUCAACCAAUACUAGAUCAAGUUUUCAUUGAUCCAUCAACAAUGACAACUACACAAAAAACAAAAAAGGUCCAAAGGAAUAUUGCUAAACCGACUAAGAAAAUGACUUCUGGCAGCAGUUUUAACAACUUAAAUCCUUCUGCGGAUUUAAAAUUACCAGCUGAAAUUUUUGCUGAUGAAGAUUCAGUUGAAAAUGGCAUAGCAGCUGAUGAACUCCUGCAGAGUGCACUACAAAGUGCUGCAUUAGAUGGUGGCAUGUCUACUUCCAAAGACAAAAUGUUUGGUGGAAUCAACAUCAAACUUGAAAAAGCAGAAAAUUCCAAAACAACAAAGAAAUCAAAGAAAUCAAGUAAGGACAACAAUACAAACCAGGUGAACCUAGCUGGCAUUAAGACUGAGCUGCAAGACGACUUGGACUGGAAUAACAUGACUCUUGCUACCAUGAACAACAACAGUGACGUUAAUAGGUUUAACUCCGUGAAUAGAAGAGAUAACAUCAGCAAAAAUCUUGAGGAAUAUACUUCUGUCUUUGGAACAAAUUCAAACAAGAAUGAUAUUGACGAUCAUUUGGACUCCAUGCAAACUGACAUUGAAUCACUAAGAGAGUUAUUGCGGAGUGACAGUUAUGCGUUGGACACAAACACUCUAAUGGGGAUUACUGAUGCAAGGCUAGGAUCUACGAUGUCUUUCGCCAUUCCCUCCGGUCAGCUGCCGUCACACGAUUACCUCUUUGGCUCCGAUGAUCCAUUCUACGGAUUGUCUUAUAACCCCGUGGACGAGCGAGCGAGACCAUCAAACAGUGCAAAGAAGGUGAAAGGUGAGAUAUCGAAUGUGAGCGGGGACGAGGGUCGUGCCCAGGACGCGUUUCCCGAGGACGAUGCUGAGGGGAAUCAGCUUAUGUCGUAUACAGGGAAUAUUCCUUACUUUGAGGAUAUGAACCUAGAGUUGGCGAGCGAUAACUCUCAAGAGGCGCCGGCGCCGCCAAGCCCGUCUAGCUACACGCUGAACACGCCUCAGGUGCAGCUGGGCUCGCCCGCCUUCCCGCAGAAACCAUGAGCCCCCGCCACUCGGCGUCGCGUAUACGUUAUGAACGGUUGAAGAACGCAAACGUCGUCCUAAAUUAUAACUUAAGAGCCGUGAAACAAUCGCUCCGUGGGAAUUUGCUCGACGUUGACAACUACAGCGUAGGGGAAAGUCGCCCGAAGACUUCCAGGCCGAGGUAUAAGGGUAUGUUUACACGAGGCCUAGGUUACAUUUGAUAGCCGACAGCGCCAUGUUAUUUUAACACUGUGGCUAUCGACUGUCGAAUACGGCAGCAGACUACCCAGUGUCAACGCCCCUUUGCCAAUGGGAAAAGGCUCAAGCUAAUGUAUGAUGAACAUAGUGAUAUGUCACAAGUGCGAAAUGUAUCUAAUGCAAUGUCGCACUACUGCGUGUGAGCCUUGCCGUGUCCUUUAAUUUGUUUGUAUAUAUACUUUAUCUGAUCGGCUAAGUGCAACACAUAAUAAUGUAUUUGGUCUUGUUUCCAUGUAAAUUUUGUACAGGUUAAUAUUUAAAAAAUAUGUUUUUUUGUUUUUGAAAAUAGUGAAGCGCUGAUGUUUAAUAUUUUAUAUUUGAGAAUAUCUGUUUCCUAACGAGUCAAUAUAAUUAUUAUUGUUAUUUAACUAAUUCAAUAAUGAUUAAAUCAUUCUAUUGCAUGUUUACCUACCUAUUUUCGUUGAGGCCAUGGUUGACCUUAUUUAGUAUGUCUUGCGUUGAGGCAAAGACUCCUCAUUAAACAAAAUGUACUACUACUUAUAAUUUUAAAUAUCUAUACAAUUCAUACCUAAGUAAUUAAUUAAUCUCAAUGAUUAAGUUAUCAUAGACCUAAGUUUGUCUAAAUGUAUCUCUGUCAUCUUUUAUGAAUUCUAUGUGGCUUGAUGAAAUGGAAAAUGAUACUAUAAUAACUUAACCGUGUAGUAGGGUGAAGUCAUAUUUUGUUUUUAAAUGUAAUAUCUAGUUUAGCGUCGAUUCGACCAAUGUUUUUUUUAUCCUAACUAACCAUGUUAAAACUAAAUUGGACUGACCUUCGAAACGUUGGUCGUAUCUAUACUAAGAAAACCCGAAAAUCGUGGCAUUUAUACAACAAAUAUAUGUGACCGCGGCCGGCAAAACGUCCCACUUUAUCGCUUACCAUAAGGACAAGAUUUCCUUGUAUGUUAUGCGAAUAGCCUAACAAGGCGUUGUUAUGGCAAGCGACAAAGUGGGACGUUUUGCCCGUCACGGCCACUUAUUCAUAUCCACAUACCUACUGAAAUGUAUUAACUCGAUGAACAUCAUCGAUAUGGCCUAACUUAUUAAUUCUGAAAACCUUACGUCAUAUUGUUCGUCUUUUUUUGGUUGACAUUCAAUUUACCAUAAAAAUAGGUAUUCCCAUCUUAAUUGCUCCCGUUUCGAGCUCACAGCUUGAACUCGAACGGGGAGCACAACACAAGCAGAUUUGCUACCUGCUGUUGCUACCAAAAGCAAUCUACAAAAGUAAUUAAAAGCGAGCAACUAACAUACUUUUGAAAUUAAAUUUACAAGUUAGAAAUGUGUCUACCGAAUGACGCGGCUAUGAGUAAAUGAUCACUGCUCUUUUGUUUGUACCUAAAUGCAAAGUGCCUGUAUAUGUAAAAUCACAGAGUGAACGGACUGUUUUACGUCGUUUCUUCCCUAUCUAUGAUUGCAAAGAAGAGGCAAAAGUCAUGCCUCUGCAUUGGACAGCUGAACUUCUAGGCGCUAUACACUGUAUAGUAUACAGUGCCAUAUAUAUAUUGACAACUACAGUGGAACCAAUUUUACGAACGUCAUGUUUUGUCAGCCAGAACUACCGCGUAAUAUACAGCGACAUAUAUGUACAUUAGCUGUUAUAUUUCGGGCAUGAAUAUUUCUUAGGUAUACCUCUCCUACUAGUAAUAAAUCUUUAAUGAUGGUAAUAUAGAAUCUGCCUUCAACCUAGUGCCUGCCCACCAAAAAGUAGAGAGACGUAAUGUUGACCUACACAGGAAACAUCGUAAUAUGAGGGUUGAACAAUUUUUUGUUACUUAACCAAGCUUUUAUAUUUCCUAGUUUUACAGUGUGUUUAGAAAAAAACGUGACAAUUUAUGUCGCUGAAAUGUUUUAAACUAGUUACAGCUCUUUACUCUUUGGUUCCUAAUUACGUCACGCAUUUACAAUCACCUAUUCCAUGACUGAAAUACUUUUUUGUUAAGUACUAAAUUCAUACACACAGUAGAUAAGAUGGCAACGAUAAUCUUAACUUUGGACACCUUGGGAACUAAUGGUCCAAUACGCUAGUGGUGUUAGUUUAUCUAUUGAUGACACUCAUGCAAUUUAUAAAAGCACUGGAGGUUGUACGUUAAACAAACUUUUAGAGGCAAUAGAAUAUGACCUUUACCUAUUACAAUACACAUAUAUGGUCUGUUUCUUCCUUCAGAGUAUUUUCUUGAAAUUAGGUAUAAGUGGUAACUCUUAAUAUAGCUAAAGGUUUUUUCAAGACAAGAGUGACAUAUGAAUAAAGGCAACCUCAAAGAUAUCUACGUGCAAGAUCCAGUACUGUUAUAACAUUCUUGAUAACACUAGAACUGAGAAUACAAAAACCUUGCUAUGUCUAAGUAAUAUAAUAAUAUCAGUAUCAAUUAUUUACUUGUAACAAUUUGUAAUGUAUUAUAAUUGUGUAAUUGUACAGGGUCUUAUGCGAAUGGCAGAUGACAGUGACGUCAUAUUACAAAUCCGAGAUUAAUUUAUGAUGCCACAUUUAUUUAUUUAUUGCUCAUAUAAGUAACGCAAUGUUACAGUUAAACCGAGGCACUGUGAAACUAUGAAAUACUAAUUAAACAUUGGAUGACAUAAUUAUUUCUCUGUUUUUCAAGCAGAUAUAAGCAUAUUAUAAAGACUGCCAAUAUCCAUACAAAUUACUGUUGCGGAUGGUGCUACUAGUUGAGCAUUACAUUAAAAAAAACGUUGUGAGCUCCAUGUCAGUUCCUUUAUAUAUUAUGUCGCAUAUUCGUUACCUCUAUCACAACGCCAUCGCAUGAUUCGUCGUAAUAUUUGGAAUAGAUAGUGCUGUGAUAAAAUUCAAUUUCAAAACAUUAUACAAAAUGGACAGAAACCUCGUUGGUGCUGCCAUCUAAUACAAAGUUUACUUACGCAAUUUUGGAUCGAUAAGUCUUUAUUAUAUAAUCGUUUUUAUUUCAAGUCAUGAUUGCCAGCUCAAGUUAUUCGUGGUCGUCGGAAUUUUGUUUAAUGAUGGCCUUAAACUGAAGUCCGUCCGAAGUUUACCAAUUUGAUGAAAAAAUAACCCAGUUUGAUUUUGAAAUCAGUGAGACGUGAAAACCAGAGAAAUUUGUUUCAUGCGUCUUUUCGUAAUGUAACUGUGUGAUAUGACGUUACUGCCUAUGAUAUUUGAAUUCUGGCAGUCUGGAACCAUAUUAGGUGUUAACAAAUGCAGUUUGUGUAGUACACGAGCGAUUGUCGCCUUAGUAUCUUCGUCUAUUUGUGAUUUUAGGAUAUAUUUGCUACUAACGCAAUACAAAUCUCUUGACAUCCCUUUUACAGUCAAUUUAGAGAUAUAAAUGCAUUAAAAGCGUAGAUGUUUUUGUAGAGCACUGCACGCGGAGACUGAUGCUGAUAAAGGCGCGUUUACACUUCGAAAACUGCUGCUGCAUGCAAAAUUACUGUCCAGGCUAAGAAUAUGGUGUUAUCUAUAUAUCUAUAGUCGAACGCGGCAGUGGAGCCAGUGUAAACGCGCCCUAAUUAAGAACGUCUCACGCACCUUCAGCUAUGGUGAUGAACGCUGGUGAACUAGACCAGACUAGGUCAGAUUAUAUAACGUAGAUAAUAAUUUACCAUUGUAUAAAACAUUUAAUUUCAUUAUGAACAAAGUUUGGUAGAAUAAAGUAUGUAAGGAUAUAAUAUAUAUUUCGUUAAAUUUAUGUAAGUUAUUUUUAAUAUUAGAUUAAUAAAAGGUUGAGAUGAACAAG